GAUCAUUCACGCCCCUCCUUUUCGUAGUCUGGUAGUGCUAUUUCUCGGCUGACGAGACGGUUUGCUAAGGGGUUUAUUUCCUCUCUCUUGGCAUCAGCAAGCACAUGGGGCAUUAGACGUGUAAAAGGACCACCCGGCUGUAAGCAUAAUAAUUCUAACGCAACAGAGCUCUGGGACCAGCCUUCCGUCCUCGAAAUUCCACAAACUCCUGACUUCUGUCUGCGAGAUCCCGGGGCUGAGCUGAAGUUGGGGCAGCUGGGGGGUCACUGCAGUUUUACCACGAGGCAAGCUUCAGGGGAGGAGCACAGUCAGAACUCUGUUAGCCACAGAAGUGCCACUCGCAUGAGAGGCAGUCUUCGUGAGGGAGUGUUGAUCCAAAGGUCAAGGUGUCUCAUUCAGCCUAGUGCCACUCAGGCGGCUAAGAAGCUUAGCCAUCGGUGAGACAGACCAGAGGAGAGAAGGGGCCUCUGGCUUCCCUUUCAGAGUGGAGGAGCUCGACACCCGACUGAUGCCUGGAUCGCACACUAUUUUACCCUAACCUCCCCUUGCCCCGAGACAGAGAGAGAGAGACAUCACAGAGCCUGUACCACCCACAGUACUGAAUUCUGGGUAACAGAAUGCCAGCCAAGACGCCCAUGUACCUGAAGCCCUCCACCCCGAAGCGGGGCAAAAAACUGAAGCUGCGGGAUGUCCUGUCGAGCGACAUGAUCAGCCCGCCGCUGGGCGACAUGCGCCACAGCGCCCACGUGGGGCCGGAGGGGGAGGGGGACAUGUUCGGGGACGUGGGCUUCCUCCAGGGCAAGCUGGACAUGCUGCCCGCCCUGAACCAGACGCACUCCCGGACGCACAGCAUGGAGCGCAGGCUGGAUGACGCCUUUCCCCUGGAGCCCAAGUACCACCACUCCGCCUCCCUGCUCAAGAACACCGUCUCCAUGCCCGUGUUCGUGGCCCCCGAGCAGGCCCCGCCCAAGCCACCCCGCCUCCACCUGGACGAGACUCCGCCCCCUCCCCGGCAGCAGCAGCAGCAGCCGCAGUCGCAGCAGCAGCAGCAGCUGCGCUCCAUGUCCGUCUGCGAUGCGGGUGUGCAGAGGGGCGAGGUCCGCUACGGCGAGCCCUGCCGCGAUUUCGCCUACGCCGCCUCAGUCUCGGCCUUCCCCCACCUGGUGCCCUCCUCCGGCUCCUUCUCGGAAGCCUCCUCGGACGACUCGGUGCUGGAUGGCUGCCCGCCCCUGGACCCGCGGCGGGGGCUGAGCCUGGACUCGGACGCGGGGCUAAGCAGCGAGGACCUGCGCAGCGAGCGCAGCGAGUCGCCCGCCGUGUCCCGCUCAGAGUCCUUCAUGGGCCUGGACCUGGACCUGGGCCCGUCCAUCCUGGAGGAUGUGCUCCGGAUCAUGGACCGCUACAAGAGCGCGCAGGAGGGCUGCCAGCUGUGAGGGCUGGGUGGGGGGAGGUGUGGACUCUGAACCGCAGAAAUGAAGUUUGACAACCCCCUCCUCUCCCUCCCUCCAGUUACCCAAGUGCAGACUGUGCUUCUGAGAAAGGAGAAGAAAAUAGACAAUGCAAGGACAUGCCUGUGCUAAAGCAGCAGCCCCAGACUCUUCCUGAAUGACUGCAUGCCUGCAGACCACUUUCAGUUUCAGAAGCAGGCUUGAAUUGGAGAGCUUACAGUUCAAAUAAUAUGUCCUAAUACUCACAACUCAUUCUUCAGAAGUGCACAGAUGUGUUGUCUUAGUGCUUCAUUCUUUGUGUUUAUCAAAGUCUUAAUGAAGACGAAUAAGUGAAAACCUCUUGAGGGUAUACAUGUUUUACAAAUGGAAUCACAGCGUAUUUGCCUGUAAGUUGCUCCUAUAGUUUUCAUUUGAGACGUGGGCUGCAGUUUCCAUAUUGCAAACAAGCUAACACGUGAAUGUUUUAUAUAUUUAUUUCAAGAAAUUGUAUGAUUACAUAUGUAUGUUCAAGGAGUAGUGUAGCCACAAACCAAACUGAGUUCUGUGUACUUUCAUUAUGGCUCCAUCUGGUGGUAGAUACAAGAAUGUGAUAUUUGAAGGAUAGUGGUAACUAGGUACAGUAAGAGGAGCAAUAGUUCAGCUUUGAAGGGUAAGGAAAUUAAGGAAAUUAAGGAACGUAGCUUGAGACAGCAUGUGAUGGUAAGGAUGUUCAGACUUUAAGGAAUGAUGAAGUUUAGGGAGGUGGCCAGAAAAAAAUGUACUCAACUUUGUUGCCUUUGAGAUAUUUGUGGUCAUGUACAAGCACUACAUAAAAUAAAUAACAGUGUAUGUCCAAGAUCCCCUGUUCAGCAACUAAUCUGGUCUGUCCUUAUGGCAGAUUGUGGUAAUUCUCACUUUCUAGCUGUAUUAUUAUAUUCCUUGCUAUAUAUUGUAAUAAAUAUAAUAAAUGUGAAUGUGAAAAAUGA